AGGUUAAACUUUGCAUAGCUAAGUACCAAGCAGCUUUCAGUACAGACAAAUAAGUCAUGUCAUUAAAUCACGAGAACUGACAAAUAAACUAAAUCGAUAAGCAAACUGUUUUAUAUCCAAUCGAUGACAACUUAGAUAUAAAUCAUCGGUUUACAAUUGACUUUGAGAGCACGAGGAAAAAAUCAUUGUUAUCAAAAACUGAACUUUGAAAUUGCUAACUAGCUUCCUUUCUUCCACACUCAUAGGCGCAGUACUGAUUCCUUUUGAGAACUAAACUACUCUUCAAGACAACAGGGUUGAUAAAAAACAAUUAGUACUUAACUAAUUGACCGUGUCUUCGUGUUCUAUCUAGUUCUACAGAUGACGAGUGGUAAUACUUUGAAAGACUAUUUGGUCGCAAUUUCCCUUGCAUUCAGCUACGCAGUCGUCUCAGAAAGCUAUGCCUCCGGUUUCUUCCAGGCCGCCUGGCUCGACUCUGGACUUCUCAGCUCCACCGACGCCUCAAUCAUCAACAGCACUGGAUUCGCAGUGGAACUGCUCUCCAUUCCCCUGUUGCAACUCAUAAUCAUCAAGCACAAACUGAAACCCUGUACUACUCUUGCUAUAUGUGGUACUCUGAUGAUCAUUGGCUUCCUUGGAUCCAGUUAUUCCCACUCGUUCUUGACGCUUCUGCUGUUCCGGGGAACAAUCACUUCUCUUGGAGUCGGAAUUUGCAUAGUUUCCUGUUACACUGGAUUAUAUCAGUCAUUUAGGGAUGACCAGUUAGAUGUCUUCUCCGCCAUUUUUCUCAGUGGAACAGGAUUAGGACUCCUUAUCAUCUACGUCACGAUCGCCCUCUUCAUGGAGGACGGAGGGUGGGAAGUGGUGAUGCGAAGUCAACUAUUCUUCGUAAUCAUUCUCUACAUCACAGCCAUCAUCAUUUCUCCACUUGUGAUGAAACCCAGAAGAUCUCUUGUCACAGAUUCCCAAAAGUCAUCCAAAUCUAAACUUGACAACCCGGAGAAACCUUUACUUUGCAAAAGCGAAAACAAUACACACGCAGAAAUCGAUCACAAAGAGGCGGCACAAAUACUAGAAAACAUGUCAUGUGAGAAACUGUUGCAAAGCGGCACCUCGCUUUCACAUAUAAACACUUGCUCCAGCAAAUCCUGCUCGCUCAAAAGCCAGUCCAAAGUCACAGUUAUGGAACUAUUGGGAUACUUUGCUACCAAUCUCCAGUUUAUCUUGUGCUGGACCUCGUUUGGAUUCGGGGGUUGCAGCUUCGACGCUCUAAUGUUGCACCAUCCGGUUCGGCUGGCCUCUCUUGGAAUCAAGUCCGGACCCCGGAGUCUGGCACUGAAUGGUCUAAUGCAGAUUCUAGCCAGGGUUCCGGUGGGGAUAAUUGCGACUAAGGGGUAUAUUUCCCCGAUUAGGAUGAGUCAGAUUGCCAAGCUGUCGUUGGUAGUUUCUACACUAUUGUGCAACUUCAUCACUGGUCCCACUUAUCAGGGUUGCUUUUACUUCUUCAUCGGGAUUUGGGGCAGCGUGAUCAACAUCGCCGAUUUUCUCCUCAUCCGGGAAAGCGUCUGCGUCCAUCGAGAAUUCGGAGCUGCGCUGUUCAACUUGCUCAAUGGAUGUCUCAAUCUACCCAUUAUAACCCUACUGGGCUACCUAUUCGAGCGGUAUGGAGAUUACGAUGUACCUUAUCUAGUGGUUGUAGCGUUAUUUGUCGUGUCGUUUCUUCUAUCAGUGCUUUAUGAAGUGGUGCUACGACGGAACAGAAAAUGGUUGAAACGGCAACAUGAACCUCUUAAUUAAGAGCUGAAAACAACUUUACAUAUAGCUCUAAUUAACUCACAAAUCUUUGUUCUCACACAAAAUAGUGAAGUAAUCGCUAUUCUUGUAUUUCUAAUUUUCUAAAUCGAAAAUCGCGGGUAGGCAUUAUUCUGUUAAGCUAAACCAGUGAGAUUUCUAA